GGUACAUUUAAACCCGAUGGCAUCGUGGGAGGAUCAAUUGGGUCCAAAUGGUUCAGUUACUACCAAGUUAUCUCAGUUGGAUGUAAAUGCACCAGAGUUUAUACCUGGUCAGCCAUUUUACUACAAACCUACGGAACUGAUUUCUUGUAAUACGGAAAGUGAACCAUCUACCCAAACCGUAAAAUUCAUUAAUGUGCUUGAUGAAGAAACAGAAGCUGGACCUGAAAAAGAUGAAGACCUCCCCAAAAAUACCAUAGCUAUCGCUCCGGACAAAGACACACUUAAUUUGGUAUUUAUUGGACAUGUCGAUGCUGGAAAAUCAACAAUUGGAGGUCACCUACUGUACCUGACAGAUAUGGUAGACAAAAGAACUCUGGAGAAGUAUGAGCGUGAAGCAAGAGAAAAAAAUCGAGAGAGUUGGUAUUUGUCGUGGGCUUUGGAUACAAACCCUGAGGAACGCGAUAAAGGUAAAACGGUUGAAUGUGGUCGAGCCUACUUCGAAACCUCUAAAAAACGAUUUGUCUUAAUUGAUGCUCCUGGUCACAAAUCCUUUGUGCCCAACAUGAUAUCAGGUGCAGCAAUUGCCGAUAUCGCCAUACUUGUGAUAUCGGCUAGGCGUGGUGAAUUCGAAACAGGGUUUGACAAAGGCGGACAAACCAGAGAGCACGCUUUGUUAGUGAGAACUACCGGUGUUAAACACUUAAUUGUGUUAGUCAAUAAAAUGGAUGAUCCAACCGUUUUGUGGGAUGAAACUCGUUACAUGGAAUGCAAGGACAAGAUUUUACCAUAUCUAAAGAAGAUAGGGUUUGACAUAAAGAAUGACGUAUAUUGUAUGCCGUGCUCAGGAUAUAAUGGAGCGUUUCUUCGAGAUAUUCCAGACGAAUCAGUAUGCUCGUGGUAUAGAGGUCCUAGUUUACUGGAGCACCUCGAUAAUCUCCCCAGCUUUCCACGGAAUACGGAUGGCCCUUUAAGAUUUACCGUCACCGACAGAUACAAAGAAAUGGGUACAUUUGCCUCUGGAAAAGUUGAAUCUGGAUCAGUAUCGAAAGGCCAAACGAUAGUAUUAUUACCCAAUAAAUUGAACGUGGAAGUUAUGCAGGUGUAUAUCGGAGAUGUGGAAGUCAAUUGUGCUUCUGCUGGAGAACAUUGUUUCAAAUCUAUUUGAUGCACAUCUACUGAUUAUGCAGUAUGACUCUAUCAUUUCUUCAGGGUUUAUGGCUGUGCUUCAUAUUCACACAUGUAUGAAAGAAGUAUCCAUUCGUAAGAUCAUCUGUCUAUUAGACAAAAAGACUAAUGAAAAAACGAAGAUAUAUCCCAGGUUUAUCAAAGCGGGUGAUGCUGCUAUUGUACGAUUUGAGCUAUGAAAAACUGUUCGCGAUUUACUAGCGUAGUUGGAUUCUCGGAACACAAAGUGGACCAUGGACUAUAAGAUAUUCACUCUUAAUUACCACAUAUUGAACAAUAGUUUACAAAUUGAAUGACUAUCUUCACAUUCAAUUAACUGUUGAAUGCUGUAAUUCAAAAAUUAUGCAACAGUUGUCGAUAGGCAAAAGUGAAAUAUGUUUUUUCUGCAGAUCCACUUCUUUUUCGAUGUUUAUAUGAAACAUAAUAUUCGCAGUAUUAAUGAGCUUUAAAUUGAGUCAAUGCUAUGAAUAUCAUAUGCUGUUUUAGGUGGACCGAUUUGUCUAGAAACAUUUCAAAACUUUCCACCACUAGGACGUUUCACUUUACGUGAUAAAGGGGAAACAAUUGCCAUUGGGAAAGUUGUUAAAAUUUUAAACCCUUCUGACCAGUGAAAUGAUGUAUGUUUUGAUCCACAAAAAGUAUUAUUAUCCAAAUUCGUAAAUAUGGUAUUUAUAUUUGAUCUUUUUCACUUGAAUGUGAUUUGAAGUUGUCAAGUCUCCACUUGUACUAAUUUAAGUAUUUUCAGCUCUGGCGUUCGUUUUUUAUCAGUUUAUUCAAAUCGUAUUAUUUAUGUUAUUAUUGAAAUAGUUUUUUAUUAACUAAGGUAAAAUCUACAGUUUGGAUGAACAAGAUAAAGUUUGGUUGGAAUAAGCCCCAUCGGUGUAUUGAAUGUUUGUCAAUGUGCUGUAUGGAAAACGUUUUUCGAUAAUAAAAUGAAAGGUAAUCAAAUUGUCAAAGUAUCUUAGAAAUUUAUUCAGAUCGUAGAUAGCUAAUUAUUGCUGUUUUUCUGAAGGAUUGGCCAGCUAAAUCCAUCUUCCCAUAUUUUAACUUUGAAUUCCCAGUUCUGUUACUAUUAACUUGCUGCGAAUAAUUGAUUUAAAUGUGUAUUUUGAAGUGAAACUGUUAAUGAGCUGUCUAACUUUAUUUUUGCUAAUUAUAGAGUUAAAGAGCAAUUUCUGUAAUCAGUGGGAAUGUUUCUUGCUGACCGUUUCGGAAAAUCAAAUAUCAGUAAU